AUGAGCACAGCCAAAAACACAAGGAAACGGCCCCGUAACUCGUCUCCGGCCGCUGGAAUCCGCAAGAAGCUAAAGCUCAGCUCUGCAGAUGGUCCCAUAUCUGUAAAUGUCACGUCAACUUCCGAAACUUUAGCAAACAAUGUUCAUCAUGAAGUACUGUCGCGUUUACCUGAAUCGACAGUGAAAGUCAAACCAAAACAACGUAUCAAUAAACUCACUCCUGCUCGACCAUUCCCCUCGGUUCCGACCUCUGUCUCUGCCUCCGGUCCGCGCUCAGCUCACGCAGAGGGUAAAAAUCUCAUAUGCAUCACGCGUAAGACUUCGUUGAGCACGUACAUGCGAAGAUGCAAGAAUAUAAUUAUCAAGGAUGGCUACAAAACAUUGCAUUUCAGCGCGAUGGGAGCCGCAAUCCCACUCCUCCUUCAACUUUCGCUAGCACUUCCACCAAUCCUUCCCUUCUCAUCAGAUGAAAUUCACACAGAAAUCCUCACUGGGACUGUUGAGGUACAGGAUGAGAUCCUUCCGGAAGACGAGGAGGAAGAUAUCACAUAUCAAACUAGAGGAAAGUCCACGCUCAAGGUCACUCUCAAAAUUGGGGACGGUGAAUUUUCUGCUGGUCCCACUCGUAAUUUAAAACGACGACGGCAGGGCAAGGCACGAGAAGGAGCUGGUGAGAAAGGGCCUGAGCUCAUAGUGUAUGGCGAACCCGAGCAAGUGGAUGCGGAAAUGGUUUGA